AUGAAAAAAAAAGCGCGAAAACUUGAGAAGCAAAUAUCCACUGUUAACGUACAGUUAGAAAAGCUGGAGAAGAAUGUGAAAUCCCAGAAGGAUAAACUCGACGUGGAUCGAGAUGUGUGCCAAGCACAUGUGAUAUUCAAUGAGGAAUCCUACAAGAAGUUCGUCCUUCAUCGCUAUCGGUUCUCCGGAUCCUUUUUGUGGCGUCUGUGUCAAUCUCGAGCCCUGCGUUUUGAAGGACGUGCUUUAACUGUAAAGCAAGCGUAUGAGCCCAGCAACAUUUACUGCGAAAAUCUGGAUUUCGAUCCGAAGAAGAUAUGCGAUGUGCAAAUGUUCGCUGAUGACGCGUGCCAAGAUAACUUGUUCGGCUCAAUUGGCGUGGAAAAGAUAGUAGCGCUCUACGAUUGCUUACCACUGUAG